UAGAGGCGCUAGUGAGUACUGUACAUCAAGAAACUGAUAUAACGAUGUCUCAAGUACAUGUAAUUUUAUAUUACGUAUAAAUUAAAUAAAAUUCGUAAAUGAUUUUAUUUUAUAAAACAUAGCUUACACAUCUUAGAUUAUGUCAAUCACAUAUCUUUUUAAAAUUUAACAUAUUUCAAUAUGUCAAAAAUGAACGCGCGAUAGAAAAAUUUGACGCACAUUGACAACAUAAAAAUGCGAUUCCGCUGUAAAUUGAGAAUUCGUCACGUCACAUAUAUAUAAUAUUUAUGAUAUAGAACGAUUUUUACGGUAAAAAAUCUUACUUUUUACCUUAAGAUAAGAUAUUAUUAUCAAUAAAGAAGAAAGUGGUCUUUUACGGUUGACGUGAGAAUAAAAUAUUUUUCGAACAAUGGAUAUUCUGAAACCCGAAUUAAUUUGGGUAGAUGGUCGAUGUUAUAGAGUAUUAGAAAAUAUUGAACGGACGGAUGCUCGCGACAUUCCUCCUUACUUCGAAGACAAUAAUUAUAAUUUGGAUGACAAAGAUUCUGAGGAUGAAUAUUACGAUACAGAUAUAGAAAUUGUACCAUAUGGAUCAACAAGAUUUAAACAUACAUUUCGUGCACCAAAAGCAUUUUUUCCAUAUAUUAUUGGAGCUAAACAUGCAGUACGUAAAAGAUUAGAAAGUGAAACUGGAACGUUAAUACAAAUUCCAAAAUUAGGCCAGGAUGGAGAUAUUGUAAUAAUUGGUUCUGAUCAUAAAAGAAUAAUAACUGCACGUCGGAGAAUAAAUUUAUUAAUGGAAGCAACUAGGAAGAAAUUAGAAUUUACACACUUUUUAUCAAUACCUUUAAAUGAAGGUCAUAUAAUAAUGAAGUUUAAUAUGUUUAAAAAUGAAGUCCUGACAAAUUCAGGAAAGAAAUCCAGAGGUGUGGAUGAAACAAUUUUCCAAACACCAAGUAAAUUGCAUCUUACUAUUGGUUUAAUGACAUUACUUGAUGAAACAGAAAGAAAUAAAGCUAUAGAAGCUUUAAAUUAUUGUAACGAGCAUAUUGUAAGACCUGCUAUUGAAAAAUAUGGACAAAUUCCUAUACACUUACAAGGAAUUGAUAUAAUGCAGGAUGAUCCUAGUGAAGCAAAAGUUAUAUAUGCAAAGAUAGUUAAUAAAACUGAGGUUUUGCAAAAGAUAGUAGAUGAAAUUGUAGACUAUUAUGUCAAGAUAGGUUUAAUAAUCAAAAGUAAACGUCAGUCAAACAAACUGCAUUUAACUCUUAUGAAUACAACUUUUCAAAUAAAUGAGGAAGAAAGGAAUAGUAAAAAUAUUAUAACAUUUGAUGCAAGAGAAAUAUUGAAGGCUCAUGAAAAUACAACCUUUGGCGAAACCAUAUUAAAACAAAUUCACAUAUCGCAACUUCAUACAAUUGGUAGUAAUGGAUACUAUCUAGCAACUGCAAAAAUUAAUCUACUUGAAGGUUUAUAAAUGAAUUGUAUAUGAAUUUAUAUAUCCAAUUAUUUUUUAAAAUACCAAAAUUAUAAGAUGGCAAUUGGAUAUAAAUAAUUCGUAUAGGAAAUACUUGGUUUAAAGAUAAGAUAUUUUCUAAAAAUAUAUUAGCAUGUUUUUUAAAGUUAUUGUCCUGUUUUAAAUGAAAUUUUAUAUAUUUCUGUUAUUAUAUAGCUUUUAUUUUACUAAAGUAUUUCAUAAGAUGAACCUGUGUAACAAUUUGAAAAUUCGAUUUUCCUAUAUAAGUUAUUCUUUAGAUGUAUUUGCAUAUCAAUGUAAAUAUUCUGGAUUAAAAUUCUACAUAAUUUCAUAAUGUAAAUGUCCUGGAUUAAGUACCUACAAACUUUAAUCUUUAAAUGCAAAAAAUAUUUUCAAAAGAUUGGACAAUAUUUUUGGUGUUUUAUACAUAUCAAAAUAUGAAAAAGGGUCCUGUGUAUUCAAGAAAAUAAAUUUUUCGAAUUACAAGCAAAAGAAUAAAUGAAUUUAUAUAUGAAAAGUGUUUAUUAACAUGUCCUGUAUCACACAGGCUGAUAAUAAUCCACGAUAACAAUUAAACAUAAAGCUUCCAUUGGACUAAAAAAGAUAUGUUUUAACUCAUUUUUUAGCGAAUAUAUAUGAAAGAAAAUCUAGUUCUGCAUAGAAGAAAGAUUUAUUAAAUUAGAAUAUUUAAUUAGAAAAUAGUCCUUAUACUGAAUUCGUGACACUUUAAUCUCUUUUUAUCUACUUUACUUCAGCAAUUUAAUAUUGUACAUAUUCGACUGCUUAAUGAAUGCUCUACUUCUAUUAACUAUCACAAGUUAUUAAUGGCUCACAAGAUACAAAAUGAGUUCAAUAUGUGUACAAGUAGCCAAAUAUAAAUUCAAUAUUCACUUUCAAAAUGAGAUUGAUAUAAAAUGUUUUACACAGAUUCUUUGUCACAAAAAAUAUUAUUAUAAUUAAAGUUAAUACAAUUCUUGUCUUCAAACAAUUCACAAACAAA